AUGGCCGGUCCUGUGCGACAACCCAUCGACGUAGCGGCGUUGGAAAKAUGGAUCGAGCACAAUGUCCCAGAGGUCAAGCCACCGCUGGACUUGAAGCAGUUUGGCUUUGGACAGUCCAACCCAACGUAUCAACUCACAGACUCGACGAAGAAGAAGUAUGUCCUACGAAAGAAGCCGCCAGGCAAGCUGCUGUCAAAGACAGCUCAUCGAGUCGAUCGCGAAUACCAAGUCAUCCACGCUCUCGCAAAGACCGAUGUACCCGUACCCAAAGCAUAYGCCUUAUGCGAGGAUGAAAGCAUUAUUGGCACUCCAUUUUAUAUCWUGGAAUGUUUAGAGGGCCGAUUUAUCGACAAUGCUGCCAUUCCAGGUGUUAGUGAGCACGACAGGAGGGAGAUGUGGAGGGAUGCCGUCAGAACUUUGGCCAAGUUGCACAGAUUAGACCCGAAAGACGUUGGCUUGGAGAAGUUUGGCAGACCGAAUGGCUUUUACCAGCGUCAGAUCAAGACAUUCAGAGGGUUAGCGGAAUCGCAAGCAGCAGCAAAGGACAAGGAUACUGGGGAGGCUGUUGGACAAUUACCCCAUUUUGACGAAUUCCUGUCAUUCUUCUCGCAAGAAGCAAAUCAGCCAUACGAUCGAGGCGUCCUGUUCCAUGGCGAUUACAAGAUUGACAACCUGGUAUUCCACAAGACUGAGCCGAGAGUAAUUGGAAUCUUGGACUGGGAAAUGGCUACCAUCGGCCACAACCUCGCAGACGUCUGCAAUUUGUUGCAAGGAUGGACCAUCUCCAACGCUCCAGGAGGUUCGGCUCGUGUGCAUACUGAUGCCGCGUUCUUACCCGCUUCAGACCCGAAGAGCACGCUCAAAGACCACCCUGGUCUUCCUACGCGAGAACAGUGUGUGGAAUGGUACGAACAGGAUGUCGGUUAUAAGAUCACCGAGAAAGAUUUGGCAUGGGCAACAGCGUUCGCUCUCUUUAGAGAUUCGAUCAUCUUCCAAGGAAUCGCUGCGAGAUAUGCGACUCGACAGGCAAGCUCUGCUCAGGCGAAGAAAUAUGGAGAUGAGAGAGCACCCUUUGCAGAGAUGGCGUGGGAUAAGGUGAAGGAGACGAAAGAGAAGCUGAGCGGCCAGACAAAGUUAUGA